AUGUGGUCCUUCACAUGGGCAGCAGCAGCAGCCUGCCUUUUCACAACCGCCCUCGCUUCCCCAAUCCAACCCCGAGCCCAAGGCCCCUGGCUAGCGCUCGACACCAACUUCCCAGACCCCAGCUUCGUCCAAGCAGACGACAAGACAUGGUACGCCUUCGGAACAAACGGGAACGGCAAGCGAGUCCAAGUAGCCAGAUCCCCGGACUUCAACACAUGGACGCUCCUCGACAAGGAAGCCCUACCUACGCUGGCGGGGUGGGAAACGGAAGUUGACCAUUGGGCGCCAGAUGUUAUCCGACGGAAAGACGGAAAAUACGUAAUGUACUACUCCGGCGAAGCCAAAGAAAUGGUCCGCCACCACUGUGUCGGCGUCGCCGUCUCCGAAUCCACAGACCCCAGCGGCCCCUACAUCCCCAACUCCGAGCCCCUCUCGUGCCGUCUGGACCAAGGCGGCUCGAUCGACCCCGCGGGUUUCCUCGACAAAGAUGGCUCGCGGUACGUCGUCUUCAAAGUCGACGGCAACAGCAUCGGGCAUGGCGGGGACUGCAACAACGGCGUUGCACCGCUGGUCCCGACGCCGAUUAUGCUGCAGAAAGUUGCAGAGGACGGGUUCACGCUUGUUGGCGAUGCGGUGCAGAUUCUUGACCGGGAUGAUAGUGACGGGCCGUUGGUGGAGGCGCCAAAUUUGAUUCUGCAUGGGGAUACGUAUUUCUUGUUUUACUCGACGCAUUGUUUUACGGAUCCGUUGUAUGAUGUGCGGUAUGCGACGAGUAAGUCGGUGACAGGGCCGUUUGUGAAGACUGGGAAGCAGUUGAUUAAGGGAGGUGAGAGUAAUGGGGGUGGGUUAAAUUUGACGUCGCCUGGGGGAGGGACGGUUUGUGGGUGUGGGGAUAAGAUGCUGUUUCAUGCGUUUUGUGGGGAGGAUGUGAGGUGUACUUAUGCGGCGAAUGUGUUUAUUGAUGGGGAGAAUGUUAGGAUUGCAUGA